UGCUCCUAUUAUCCAUCCGAAUUUUCCACCAUAUUUGAAACCCAUUUUUUACGGCAAAAUUGAAGUAACGUCUACUUAGUGGUUAUCAAAUUAUAAGUUAUCAAGCUUUAAUUAUUUUUACUAAUUUACAUCAUUAAUUUUUUAAUUUUUUUUUUCAACUUUACCAAUUCAGGAGUUUCUCCCGUUUCUUCUUUGAUUGCAUGCAGAUUUUUGUAUGAAAUUAAUGUAUUUUACAGUCAUAUUCAAGUUUUGUAGUUCGUUUAUUCCCUAUGUUUACCACCUGCAGUUUCUCGAGAUCUCUUCCCUCAUAUUGAGGGAUCAUUUUUCGUUGAUCUGGGAAGCUGGCGACAUGUUUAGCAGCUGGUAUAUGUAUAACCACCUGCAGUUUCCUUUGUAGAAGAGCUGCCAUUCUUGUUUUUUUUUUUCUUUUUUGGUUUCUAUUAUUAAGGUGUAUAAAAUUCAGCUAUGUAGGUCCUUAUUAAUUCAUAUACUGUACUCAAAAGCAUAAAGUUCUUGCUGAAUAAAAAAUUUCUAUUUUUUUUUCAUAUACUUCAAGUUAGAUCUUCGAUUUUCUUGUUUUGUAGUUGCUACGGUUAAAUCAAUAGAGCGUAAAAUUGGUAAUGGAUUCUCGUUCUAGUUUUAGUUUAGGAUUUAGUCAGUUAGAUGCUACAGAGCAUGAUAUUUCCUUUGGUUUUGUUCCUGAUACAUUUGAUUUCGAGGAGCCCAAUUUCGCAGAGAAUCGCGCAAAGCACCGAAACAACUCCGUUACAAUGAAGAAAUUGAAGGAAGUUGCAAAUUCUAGAUCGAAGUCAGGUUCAAAAGCUAAAAGUAAAAAGAAGAUUGAUGAUUCCGGUCGACCUCGUCUUCCGAAGGCUAAUAAUGAUUUGAACAUCAAGAGCCUACUAGAUCUCACCCGCCAGACUGUGGCUGACAUGAUCAAAGGAAAGACUCCAGAAGAGAUCAGCAAGACCUUCAACAUAAAGAAUGACUUUACACCUGAAGAGGAGGAGGAGGUUAGGAGGGAGAAUGUUUGGGCCUUUGAGUGAAGAAGUUCUCGUAUUCUAAUGUUAUAAACACUUUCUAUUAGUAGUAAAUAUAUUCCCAAUGAAUGUUUGCUUUUGGAACCUUUAGAUUUCGUUGUUCCUAACUUAUGCGUAACAACUUUUAAGUGGUGGUUGUUCACUGAGAAGAUUUGUUACAA